CGUCAGUACGAUCGUGAACGUGAAAAUAAAAUGUCCUGCCCAGCGUUACGGCUUACAUUAUCGGGAAGUUGGCUGCUGGUUGGACUGCUCAUUGCCUACGGAUCACUGUCCGGCCGGGCCCAACCGCCAGAGGCGCUCAACUAUCCGAACGUUAUCACGUUUGGUUCGUUCUCCGGCACCAUCUGCUACUCGAACUCCGUGCUCGUGAAAACGCUGACACCGCUCACCUCACGCACCUUUACUUUUACUCCGGCGACCGCUCUAACGUACGUCAUCUGCUACAACAAUCUGCUAUUGCAUCCGUUCGAUGCGCAACUCGUCGGCGGUGGUAUAGCCGCUACGACCCAGACCGGCAUUGUGCUUACCUCAGCGACCGGGAAGCUCGCUGCCAACUGUGACGCUUACUGCAUGUAGAGAGCUAAAAAAACGAGAUUCUCGGCACCAUUGCUCCCUUGAUUUCAGAAGAGCUUAUUUUACGGAGGAAGUGCAACGACAAAUUCAAAUUAAGAGACGAGUUUUAGCUGUAA